GGGAUACAUUGGUAAAGGGUAAAGGUUUUCUUAGUUGAAGUUAGUUGGUUGAUAGUUUAGGCCUUAGGGUGGUGUGAUGAGCGUGAGAGGGACGUUUCCAUCUUUUUCAGAAUUGCACAUAAACAGCUCUUCUCUCUUCUCUUCUCUGUGCUGCAUUCAUUCAUUCAUUCAUUCAUUAGUUGUCACAGGUGAACUCGCUCCCCUCAAGCCUUCUGGCAACUCAAUGAUGACACAAGAAUCAUCAGAGGUGUUGGAAAAACAUGCAAACUCAGGGUCUCAUGUGAGGGGGGAUAGUGAAUAUGUUAGACUGGUCAUAUCUGAUGAACCAAGGGCUGUUGAAGAUGAAAUCUUGCAGCCUCGAGCAGAAUCAAGAAUGAAAUCUUUCUGCUGGUGGAUGAAAGCCUUUUUAUGGUGCUUUGUCAGUGUUAUACUUGCUCUUGUUCUUGUGAAAUGGGGAGUGCCAUUUUUUUUUGAGAAGGUUCUUUACCCAAUCAUGGAGUGGGAAGCCACUGCAUUUGGCCGUCCAGUUCUUGUCCUUGUACUUGUUGCUUCUCUGGCUUUAUUCCCGGUAUUCUUAAUACCUUCUGGCCCCUCCAUGUGGUUGGCUGGGAUGAUUUUUGGUUAUGGCCUUGGUUUCGUUAUAAUAAUGGUUGGAACAACCAUUGGGAUGAUCCUUCCUUACCUAAUUGGACUACUUUUCCGUGACCGCAUUCACCAAUGGUUAAAGAGAUGGCCCCAGAAUGCCGCAAUGAUCAGGCUUGCUGGGGAAGGGAACUGGUUCCAUCAAUUUCAAGUUGUUGCUUUGUUUAGGGUUUCACCUUUUCCCUAUACUAUAUUCAAUUAUGCUGUGGUAGUGACAAAUAUGAGGUUUUGGCCCUACCUAUGUGGAUCAGUGACUGGAAUGGUACCAGAAGCUUUCAUCUAUAUCUACGGUGGUCGGUUAAUAAAGACAUUGGCGGACGCACAGUACGGGAAGCAUCACUUGACUACUGUGGAAAUCAUAUACAACAUUAUUUCUUUUGUUAUUGCAAUUGUUACCACUAUUGCCUUCACAGUUUAUGCAAAAAGGACUCUAAAUGAACUCGACAUGGAAGAGUUGAAUGAGGAAGUUGCCUGUGUUUCUGAGAAGGGUAGUUUUGAGAUGGAUAAGCUUCCUCUUGAAAGGCCUAAGCAGCUUAGUUACUCAUCUAAUUUUUUAUGAUAGUGUAUGUUAAUGUAUUUACAAGUUGUUUUAGGAUUACAUUUACAAUACUUUUUCAUUUGUCUGUUGUCCUCAUACGCCCUAUGAUGAUAACUGUAACUAGGAUGUGGGAUAGAAGCAAAAAGUCAAAAACGGUGACACCGUUUCUCUGAUUUUGUUUUUGUUUUUUUUUAAUUUUUUUGGUAAGUAGUUUCGCUUAUUUGUAUUUGCUCUAAAAAAUUUCAUGUAUUUUUACUAGGCGUAAU